AUGUUGAUUUCGAAUCAUCUUGAUGUCAAUUGCGUUGAUUCUAAUGGAACAACACCUUUGAUGAUAUCAGCAAUGAAUGGAAAUGAUGAAAACAUAGAGUUUUUGCUCCUCGCUGAAGCAGAUGUUAAUAAGAAAAACAACUUAGGAACAACAGCAUUAAUGUUUGCAACACAUUCUGAUAGUCUUGAUGCUGUAGAGCAAUUAAUUGAUGCAGAUGCAGAUCUUGAAUUAAAAGACAGAUGUGGAUGGAAUGCGUUAAUGCAUGCUGCAUUUUUCGGUCAACUUGAAACAGUGUAG